GCAUUGUGUCUGUUGUUUAGGUGGUUGUACUUUCGCCAUCUUUGUCCUACUGGUUUGACUCAUUCUUACACAGUAGUCCUAUGGCUGACGAAGCUGAGCUUUUGGAUUACGAGGAUGAAGAGCAAGAAACAGUUCAAGAGGCAAGACCUAAUGGAGAAGCUACAGCAAAGAAAGGUGUCAAAGGGGCAUACGUCACCAUACACAGUUCGGGAUUCCGUGAUUUCAUUCUCAAGCCGGAAUUAUUAAGAGCCAUCGUUGAUUGUGGCUUCGAACAUCCAUCUGAAGUUCAACAUGAAUGUAUACCUCAAGCCAUUUUAAGUAUGGAUGUACUGUGCCAAGCAAAGUCUGGGAUGGGCAAGACUGCCGUAUUCGUCAUAGCUACACUACAACAGCUCGAUCCCGAAGGAGAAGCCAAUACAACUGUCCUAGUCCUCUGUCACACAAGAGAACUUGCCUUCCAAAUAAGUAAAGAAUACGAACGAUUCUCUAAAUACAUGCCAAAGAUAAAGGUGGGUGUGUUCUUUGGUGGGAUGCCAAUACGUAAGGAUAUUGAAACACUAACAAAAUCUCCCGUUCACAUUGUUGUGGGGACUCCUGGUCGUAUUCUGGAUCUAGUGAGGAGUAAAACAUUAAAGCUACAACAUGUCAAACACUUCAUCAUUGAUGAAUGUGAUAAAAUGCUGGAUACGCUCGAUAUGCGGCGUGAUGUUCAAGAAAUAUUCCGCAUGACUCCACAUCAAAAACAAGUCAUGAUGUUUAGCGCAACCAUGAGCAAAGAAAUACGCCCUGUUUGCAGAAACUUCAUGCAAGACCCGUUGGAAAUAUUUAUCGAGAAUGACUCGAAGUUGACUUUGCAUGGUCUACGGCAGCAUUAUGUUAAAGUCAAGGAAAAUGAGAAAAACAGAAAGCUCUUUGAGCUUCUUGAUGAACUGCAGUUCAACCAGGUUAUAAUCUUCGUCAAAUCCGUUCAACGAUGUAUGGCUUUGGCUCAGUUACUGGUCGACCAGAACUUCCCCGCGAUUGCAAUGCACCGUAAUAUGGCUCAGGAAGAACGUUUGGAACGUUAUCAAGCAUUUAAGAACUUUCAGAAACGUUUACUAGUGGCUACCAAUCUCUUCGGUCGAGGUAUGGACAUUGAACGUGUCAAUAUCGUCUUCAACUAUGAUAUGCCAGAAGAUUCCGACACCUACCUCCACAGAGUUGCUCGAGCUGGUCGUUUCGGAACUAAAGGAUUAGCCAUAACCUUCAUAUCAGAUGAAGUCGACGCGAAGGUACUCAAUGAAGUACAAAAUCGUUUUGAAGUUAAUAUCAGCGAGCUUCCUGACGUUAUGGAAAUAUCCAGCUACAUGGAAGACCGAUAAUUUGUAUUUACCUGUACAUUGUUUCUACUUCUGUCUAUAUUUCAAAUGCAAGUAUUUAUCAACUUA